CCGGAUUCCGGUCCCGAUCCGGGUCCCGCUUGUGUUUGUUUCUGCAUAGGUGUCGCGUUCCUCUACCGCAGCGCUGCGACAACGCUGACUCGGCGGGAGGACGUCGCCACCUCAGUGGUGAGUGUGUGCGCGCGCGCGCUGAUGAAGCCGCGAGAAGUCUUGUUUUUCCACGCCGCUAAAAAUAGACGAUUCGGAGAGCAGACGCGUCGGAUUAAGUGUCUGCGCUCGUUUCCACGACGACGCAAACAAGAAGUCCGCAGACUGCCAAAGAGAAAGUUCACGUCUGCCAAUCAGAAAGCGGGAGGGGAGGACGAAGGAGCGCUCCAUCCGCGUCUUCGUCAGGACUCAUCGAGAUGACGUUGCAUCACGCCCGCCGCCGAUUGCCAUUUGCUCGUUAGCCAACGUUAACGUCAGAUGGCCGUCGUCCCGUCAUCGGCCGCGUCCGUUCGCGUUAUCCUCUGGAGCGGCGCCGGGAGCGGUUUUUUUUUUUCUUCCUCCCGCCGUCCCGUCAAACCGGCCGAGACCACCGCCGAGGUGAUGAUGUCACGCGCGGCCCACUGCUCAACCCCGUGCGGGCCUUUUGGCCUCUAUGGGUGAGUGUGCAAACGUACGCUCGUGGAAGUGUGCGCGCGUUCAGUGGGGCGGGGGCGGGGGCGGCGGGUGACUUUUGCAAGUGAGGCAAAUGAUGACUUUUCAGCACCUGGAAUGCGGACGCGUCCGUCCGUCGGCGAGGAAACCUCGUCAAGGCGCCCCCUCCCUCGCUGCCCGCCCUCCGGCGGCAAGGCUCCGCCCCUCGUGGAACGCCCGCCCGCCCGGCCUCCCUCACCGCGCUCCCGUAGCCGCUCGCGGCAUUCUCGCAUCCGCGCAACAUCUGGAAAGAGGCGCGCGCAAACACGCCGGCAACCCCCCAAAAAAGGACCAGGAGAAGAACGACCUCCUCUUCCUCGGAUCUGCUGCCGGAGUUUCCUUCUUGGAAUUAUUUUUUUUUUUUUCUAAUUGUGACAAAAGUCCACGGAGGGAAUAAGCGCCCGGCCGCAAGAUGUCCGGCGUUGCCACCCUCUUCCUGGCCGCCUUCCUGCUCUGCUCGCCCGACGCCAACCGGGCCCGACCCGCCGACGCCCGAACGCGGCGCUCGGUGACGCACGCGCAGCUGAUGCACGACAAAGGCCGCACGCUGCAGGACUUGAAGCGCCGCACGUGGCUGCAGGAGCUCCUGGACGAGGUGCACACGGCCGAGAUCCGCCAGCUGCCGCCGCCGCCGCCGCCGCCGGCGCUCUCCAAAGCCCCCCCGGCGCCGGGCAAGGGCCUGCCGUCGGACCGGUGGGCCGAGGAGCGCCGGGCCGCCAACCUGCCGCAGGAAACCCACGAGAGCUCCAAGGAGGCCAAGCGGCGCAAGAAAGGACGCCCCGGCAAGAGGAAGGACGCCGACAAGAGGAAGAGGAGGGCUCGGUCCCCGUCCCCGCCGCCGCCCGCUCCCGGCUGGCCUCCGGCGCCAAGGCGUGGGAAGCUCCUCUGAGCACAGACGCCUGCGUGGAGUGGAGCGGACGCCUAAACAGUCGUCUGGCUGUUUGGAAAGAGAAGAGAAAGACAACUAUUUAUUGUGUGUCGUCUAGGAAGUGACCCGACGAUGAAAGAUUUUCUUUUCAUCUCAACAUCUGUGUUAUAAUUUAUUUGCUUUGAAUGUCGUAUUUAUUGGGGCGGUCUUGUUGUUUUUUGCCCUCCCAUCAUGCACUUUACACCGACAAACGAGUCGACUCGGAGUUGAUCUUCUGUCCACGACGCCCCCUGGCGGUUGCUUUUUGCCACUUGCACUGACAUGAAAACGUCACAAGUUCAUCCGAAUGCAAAGACUUUGAUCGGAUUGUCAUCCCUCGACGGUUACAGAACGAAUCAAAAUAAAAUAUUCACCGUGA